AUGGCUGUGGAGAAGCUGGGGAUAGCAUUAAAAGACAGGCUAUUGAUUCAGCAGGACUUAGUGGUUGUUGAUGAUGUGACAGUAAACUUUACACAAGAAGAGUGGGCCUUGCUGGACUUUUCUCAGAGGAAACUCUACAAAGAUGUGAUGAUGGAAACUUUCAGGAACUUGGAUUCAGAGGACCCCAACCUGCUUUGCCUCUUUCAAAAAUCUAUGGUAGAAAACCUCCAUGAAAGUAAAGAAUAUACAGUAAAGGAAAAUAAAGAAGGUAAUCAAUGUGGAAAAACUUUCAGCUGGAUUGCAGAUCAUCCUAGGCUCAAAGGAACUGCUGAAGUAAAUCCUUUUAAAUGUCUUGAGUGUGCAAAAGCCUUCAUGGUUCAUACAUCUAUGCCUCAGAUGAGAUCUCAAACUGGAUACAAACUUUAUCAGCAUGAGGAAUGUGGAGAGACCUGCAGUUGCCCCUCUUACCUAAAACCUUUUGUGAGAACUCUUACUGGAGCAAAACUUUGUAAAUGUCAUCAUUCUGGGAAACCCUGUAGUUGUUCCUCACAUCUCACUCAGCAUAUAAGAACUCAAUGUGGAAAGAGGACUUAUGAAUGCAAGGACUGUGGAAAAACAGUUAGCCCUCCCUCACGCCUCACUAGACGUGUAAGAACGCACAGUGGAGAGAGGCCCUACGAGUGUAAGGAAUGUGGGAAAGCCUUCCGCUAUUCCUCAUAUCUCACUAGACAUAUAAGUUCUCAUAGUGGAGAGAGGCCUUAUGAAUGUAAGGAGUGUGGGAAAGCCUUUCGUAGUUUCUCAUCCCUCACGACACACAUAAGGGCUCACAGUGGAGAGAGGCCCUAUGAAUGUAAGGAGUGUGGGAAAGCCUUUAGUCGUUUAUCGUCCCUCACGACCCAUAUAAGGGCUCACAGUGGAGAAAGGCCUUAUGAAUGUAAGGAAUGUGGGAAAGGCUUCAGUCGUUCCUCACACCUCACUACACAUAUAAGGUGUCACACUGGAGAGAGACCUUAUAAAUGUAAGGAAUGUGGGAAAGCCUUUACUUGUUCCUCACACCUCACUAGACAUAUACGGUAUCACUGUGGAGAGAGGACUUUAUUAAUAAGGAAUGUUGGAAUGUCUUCAGAUGUCCUUCAUCCUUUGCAACCUAAAGUAGGAAUAUUGGAGAGAAACAAUAUACAUGUAAGUAACAUUGGGUAG